AUGAACACUGCUUCAAAAAUCCGAAAGCCCCAAACUAAUAGUUUUACCUCCAUUUUGGACCAGAUCCUAAAAAAAUAUAACUUAUCCACCGAAUCUAAUCCAUCUCAAUUACGUGUCUAUGCUAGUGAACUCGGUGCUAUGUUACCAGAUUGGAAAGCUCGUAAAAAUGUGAAAGAAGCUCUUCGCCGACGCCAAUUCAAAGAAGAACAGAUCAAGGCUCUUGUACCGGAUAAAAGGAAUGAAAAACUUACUAUUAGGGAAAGAGUUCAAUAUUGCGCUAAAAGUGGUGAUCCGUAUGAUAUUUACUUACAUGCUUUAGAUUUAGUCAAGACAAAAAAUGAUAGUGAUGAAGAAAUUGUUGCAUCCAGCUCACGUCUUUCGCUUUUCCGUAAGGAAUUGAAAGAAUCUGGAGUUGAUUCUAAAGUAAUUGAUAUAUAUGCUAAAUUUUCGGCACUUACUCAAGAUUCUAACGAAAUUCAGAAGAAGCAACUUGUACAACGAUUAACCAAUCCGUUUAAAACUCCUAAUACUCCUAAACACUUCUCCUUAGAUGAGGGACUUAGAAGGAUUCAAAGUAUCGAUACUACUAAAAUUCCAACAAUGCAGGAUCUUGCAGACAUGAUUAUGAUGCUGAGCAUGAGACCUGCUGAAGUUAGUACUCUUCGUAUUAUCCAUUAUGAAGAAGCCAAGCUUCGAGUCUCCAACUCACCGGAUGAAACAGACCCUCCGGAAUGGUACAAACCCGGUUAUUAUUGGUAUUGUACAGGAUAUAUUAAGAAUAAGGGAGAGAAAAAGGCUGAGCCUCGACAAUUCCUUUCCAUGGAAAAGAAUCCAGAACGUGCAAGAGAAUUACUUACUUGGAUUCAAGAUGCCAUAGCAAUGAAAAAGUUAUGUCAUCCUGUAUAUAGUGAUAAUGGAAAACGUAAUACUAGAGCAUUUAGCAAAUUUUUAAAGCCAUAUGGUAUUAUAGCCAAAAGAUUGAGAAAAAUAGGAGGUAAGCACGCUUCUAGAGUUCAUGGUGGCCAAAAUCUAACAUCCCAACGUCUUAAUUUACUUGCUAGAAUUGCAAUGAGACAUAAGAUAGACCGUUUUGAUUCUGGAACUUAUUAUGCUGAGGGCGACACUUCUUCUGUUUCUGAUUCCGAUUCCGAUUCUAAACCCGAACCUAAAUCUCAGCCUAAGAAUAACGAUCUUUCAAAUAAAGUGCACUAUAAUCCUUUUGAUGUCCAAAUCGCGGAAAUAGAUUCGAUGUUAGCUGGAAUUAAAAAUUUUCGUUAA